AUGGUGACACUGCUGGAUCUCCUGCCCUCGCUGGGGACAGUACUCAAGUACUUCUUCAUCCUCCUGCUGGCGGUCAACAUCCGUUCCUUCCCACUAAUGUGGCACAUCCGAACCCUGUUCGAAUCCAACUGGCUCGCGCAUUUGCGCCGCUUCCUGUCCGGGAAUCCUCAAAAGUUCCUCGAAGCCAACAGUCCAAUCGGCGUCUCUCCCUUCUCCUGCCUUCAUGUAAUGCAAGGACUCGCAACCCCCGACGACUGCGACAUGUUCGGGCACAUGAGCAAUAGCAGUUAUGCCAAGACGCUCGAUAUAAUGCGCAUGCAGUUUGGCGCGGAUUUCUUCCUGACCUGGUUUUCCUCGUAUAAGGGAACCUGCCCUAUGGGGGCUGCCGACUAUUCCUUCAUAAAGGAGAUCCCGAUUAUGGGAAGGUAUGAGAUCAGGAGCACAAUAGGAGGCUGGGAUCAUAAAUGGCUAUGCGUCGUAUCAUACUUCGUCUCCUACCCCAAAAUACGCCAAUCCGGCUCUCCGGAGCAAGUCCUCACCCCUCCCGCGCCGCUGCCUGCUGCUCUCUUCCCUCCUAACGCGAUCCUGCACACCGUGUGCAUCUCCCGCAUGUGCUUCAAACAACGCCGCCUGACUGUUCCGCCGGCAAUAGCGAUGUCCCUUUCGGGGAUGGGCGGUUCGGAGUCCCUAGGUCGGGUGAGGUGGGAGCGUGUGCAGCUGCUGAAUGCUGAGGGGAGAAUGAAGAAGAUGCUUCGGACUGGGGAAUGGAAGGACGAGCUUUGUCGGCCGGGGAAGGAGGGUGGCUGGGGGAUGGAUGAAAUGGAAGAGGAGAGGAAGAUGGGGAUGGAGGCUUGUGGAAAGACUUAUGCGGGGAUGGAGUUGCUUAGGCCUGUAGUGGAGGUGUAGGGGGGCAGGUAAUGGUCGGACGGGAGGGCUUAGAUGUACUUUUGUUGCGGUGCUGUUUGUGUAAGAGAUUGUGUAGACC